GGCGCCCCUCGCCUCGCCGGCCGCGCACCGGGACCGCUGCGGAGGGGACGGAGCGGCGAGCCGGGGUCCUGCGCCCGCGGGCUGGCGGCGGCCUCGGGCGUUCUCCUCCUUCACAAUGGGGGCUGCGAUACCCGGGUGCGCACCGUGUGCCCGUAAGCCCCUUCCCAAAAGCUGCGCUGGGUGACUGCUGGCCGGUGAGCGGCACCAGUUCUGACCCGCGGCCCCACUGCUUGGUCCCCGCGACGCCAGUCAACCGCAGUCGGUGUUCUCUAAUUCAUCCAGUAGUUCCGUGCCCUCCUCCUCGCUCAGAAAUGUGACUCUGCGGCGAGCUUCCUAAAUACUGCUUCAAAAGGAAAGGAACCGCAGAAUUCUGUUCCAAACGGAACGAAAGCUACCAGUCGACCAACAAACCCCUAGGAUCCCAAGUGUGGAGUCAUCCCAGAAUAAGGCACGAUGUCCUCUGCAGGAGUGGCUGCUCAGGAGAUUCGGGUCCCGUUGAAAACUGGGUUUCUACAUGAUGGCCAGGCCAUGGGGAACAUGAAGUCCUACUGGGCCAGUCGCAGGGAGUUUGAAAAUAACUUUUUCAAUAUUGACCCAAUAACCAUGGCCUACAGUCUGAACGCUCCUGGACAGGCGCACCUAACAUCUCUCGGGCGCGCUUCCACAUCUGCUGCGAUGAACGGCCUCUGCUCCGCAGACAACGGCCCCUCUCCGAGGCCCAGCUUGCCCCCUCUGCUCAUUCCCCCAGGUGAGAAUUUGGGGCCACAUGAAGAGGAUCGGGUCGUAUGUGGUCUGAAGAAACUCUCGGUCAAUGCGGUGUGCGCGUCUCCGCCUCCGCUCACGCCCGUCAAGACCUGCCCCUCCCUGUUCCCCUGCGCGGCCCUGUGCGAGCGGGGCGCUCGGCCCCUGCCGCCGCUGCCCGUCCCCGAAGGCCCCUCUCUGGACGACACGGACUGUGAGGUCGAGUUCUUCACCAGCUCAGACACCGACCUGCUUCUGGAAGACUGCACACUGUCUGACUUCAAGUACGACGUCCCCGGCCGGCGGAGCUUCCGCGGCUGCGGCCAGAUCAACUACGCGUAUUUCGAUGCCCCCGCGGCGUGCGGCGCGGGGCUCAGCCAGGCCGCCGAGCCGAGCGCCGGCGCGCACAGCGCAAACCCUGCUCUGCCUCAGAGCCACCGGAGACUGAGAAGGUCUCACUCAGGCCCGGCUGGGUCCUUUCACAAGCCCGCCAUUAGGAUAUCCAGCUACCUACACAGAGCUUCUCCCAACUCCGACGAGGACAAACCUGAGGUCCCCCCGCGGGUGCCCAUACCUCCCAGGCCAGUGAAGCCAGAUUACAGGAGGUGGUCGGCCGAGGUCACGUCUAGCACCUACAGUGAUGAAGACAGGCCUCCGAAAGUGCCCCCAAGGGAACCUCUGUCACGGAGUAACUCCCGCACACCGAGUCCUAAAAGCCUGCCGUCUUACCUCAAUGGGGUCAUGCCCCCCACACAGAGCUUUGCCCCCGACCCCAAGUACGUCAGCAGCAAAGCUCUGCAAAGACAGAACAGCGAAGGGUCUGCCAGUAAGGUGCCCUGCAUCCUGCCCAUUAUUGAAAAUGGGAAGAAGGUCAGUUCAACACAUUAUUACCUACUACCUGAGAGGCCACCGUACCUGGACAAAUACGAAAAAUUCUUUAGGGAAGCAGAAGAAACAAGCGCCCAAAUCCAGCCCUUACCUGCUGACUGCAGUGUCGUCUCAGCCACAGAAAAGCUGGACUCGAAAACAAAAGUGGAUCUGGGGGGGCACGUGAAGCGGAAACACUCGUCCUACGUCGUGUCUCCCUAGACCGUGGCUCGUGGGUCAGCAGACGUUCCGCGGGAGCAGACGGUUCUCCAGCGAUUUUCCAGUGUGGCUGACGUGCACGGGAAAACGAUUCAGGUUACAGAACAAAACAGUUGAACUCUCUGUUAAAGAGCAAGGCCGAGAGCCGGUGUGAGGUACUGCUGCGCUGAGGAUUCCUGCUUUCCUUAGCGCUGGAGAAGAGUCUGUCCCAGUGUGUGGGCUGUGACGGCGGGGAGGGCAGGGGGAAGCCUUUCUAGACGCAUACAUCGGGUACCUUCUGGAUGAACUCGCGGUGUAACCGGAGACCAUAGUUGCAGGUUAACCAGGUAGUUACUGUCUUAGAGUAAUAUAUAUUUAGAAUGAUAAAAACUCAAGCUGGAGAAUGGCUCCUGAUAGACUGAAAAUUGAGCAAACGGAGGAAAAUGCAGUGUUUAGAUCAAAAUCAUAAAAAAAAAAAAUUAUUUUUGCUUAGUAAGUUUGAAGAUUUCUGGCUCUUUGGCCUGUCAUAUUUUGUUUCAUUUAUUUUUGCAAGUUGUCUUUUCCAUGGAGGGCAGCGUGUACGUUCUCACUGUGGCUCUCUACCUACCUAGUUUAAAAAUCGUCCCAAGACCGAAAGGCUUCCUGUUUGGUUGAGGGGAGGGAUAGCGGUUUAUUUGGCAACCAUAUUUUUCACCUGUACAUGUCUCACAUCUUGAAAACGGAGAAGAUCAGAGAAUUAGUACAUUUUCCUUACAGUUCCUGCUUUGUUCCACCCACUGAAACGGCCCACUGUCUGUCACAUGCGCCUUACAGAAACGGGGCACCCGAACUGCUCGCCAGUGUUGAGAACGUCAGGCGUAAGCGAGUCGCUAUGAUUGAGAGUUACUGUGUGGGGAUGUGUGUUGUGGUUUUUUUGUUUUUGUUUUUUAGACUGUAUUAAUAAACAAGCACAACACAAGCUGGCCUUGUGUUGCUGGUUCCUGUUCAGUAUUUCCUGGGGACUGUCUGCUUUUUCAGUAAAACACUUCUGACCAAGAGCGCAGUGUGUCUUAAUACCAGAGGUCACAUCAGCAUCGUUUGCUUUGAAAACUCGCACAGCUGGCCGCUCCCCUUGGAUGCAGCAAGACACACGGCUGGCGCUCCCACUCCCACAGCUUCGGUGUAUUUAUCUUGUAUAGUUAAGCACAAGAGAGGAGGUGCUCACAGGUACAUUACUGCAAUGUUCUCUUAACAGUUCAACAAACUGUUUACAGUUUAAACUGCUGAAUGAUAUUAUUUGAGCUAUUUAAAGCUUAUAUUUUAGUAUGAACUUAAAUGAAGGUUAAAAACGUGCUUUAGAAAAAUGCACUGAUUUCUGCAUUAUGUGUACAGUAUUGGACAAAGGAUUUUAUUCAUUUUUGUUGCAUUAUUUUGAAUAUUGUCUUUUCAUUUUAAUAAAGUUAUAAUACUUAUUUAUGAUACCGUUAAUAAUGUUUCUUGCCUAAACUCUUAACAAAAUUUUAUGUCUCAAGUAAUUUGACAACGUUACAUCUGGAAGCAGAAGGGAAGAUUUGUUUUUCUGCAAUUUAACAUAUUAAACUUGAAAUUUACUGUCAUUCCCUAAAA